CGCACGUAACCUUCUCAAAGGGUGACAUAGUGACAUCGAGCUCGUUUAGUGCAUUCGAUCAGAACGAGUUUGUACUUCUUUGGUUACUUCAGCCCUCCAAAACGGAUAAACGCGAGGUUGAGAAUCUUCGUUUCGUACCGGUUUCGUAAUAGCUUCACUUGAUGAAGUAGAAACCCUGACUAAGGACGGUUAAUUCGAAAUUGCUGGCGCACAUCAGCAAGCUGAAACAAAUCAUCAUCUAUCAUAUGCUGUACUAGAGGAUCACCAAGCUGUUCAAGGAGCUGAUUAGUGUGACGAGAGGUUGAAGCGUAAGAUGAGAUUAGUGCGCUGGUAUGUUUUAUUUCUAACACUGACAUUAAUAGUGUUUCGUGCGAUUCACGCGGAACAGGAUGAAUACGCGAUUAUCGAGAACAGGGACGAAUUGGAAAAUCAUACUGAAGUAACUACCGAGAUACAGAGCACAACAAGAGACUUCAUUGAAGAUCUACAGCCGCUUCUCAAAGAGGUUCAGCGUCGAGCAUACCCAAUUGUUAGUGCGCUAUUUGCGGACCCCCAGAUAUCCAACGACUGCACGAGCGGUCUGGCAGCUUUGCUUCGUGGUGUACAAACGCAGGAGAAAUGGGCCUUUAUGAUUGCCACUGCACACGGAGGCCUGCCACAAAACUUUUUUCUCGGUGCGCAGGGCUCGUUUGGUUCGUACGAUCAAUGCCUCGAGGCAAAGCGGGUAGAUCCUGACGGUCUCGUGACCCUGAGAGGGCAGUACUGCACCUUGUACAUCAAUCCCAAUGAGAAGAUGUACAAUAUCCUCAAAGAGCAAGUGAAAAAUGAUCCGUUUUUUAAGGAAACCGUUUUAAACAUGGAAACCUGGCCAAAGCACAUCCUGGAUGUGCCUACUGGAAUCAAAAUCGGUCUAUGUACACCGAAUAGAUGCAGCACCAAGGAUCUAAACUACAUCCUCGACAAAUUGGUCAACAAAGUCUACGGGACAGAGUUUGAAAUUGGCAAUUGUCGCAUCAAGCACCGAAACGCUCCGACACCAUUCCAACUAUAUGUUUUUGGACUAGGCUACGUACUUCUCAUUCUGGUGAUCGUCGGGACAUUGACGGACUACUACCUUAAUAGGACUCAUGACAAGCCUAUCUACAUCAGCCCCUGGUUUGCAGUGACGUUCAUUUUGAUGUUUUCCGCUCGCCGAAAUAUAAUUCGCCUGUUUUCGCCACAUACGUCCCAGGCAAGGGAGCUGGGCUUUUUUAAUGGGAUCAAGGUGCUGCUCUCAUGUUGGGUCGUAUACGGUCAUUGCGCUAUUUUCAUCAGCCCAGAUGUCUACGUGAAUAUAUCGAGCUAUGUUCUCUUACUUCAAAAGAUACCCUUUCAAAUUGUUGCGAAUGGCUUCAUGGCCGUGUCAAGCUUCUACUUCAUCAGUGGAUUCCUCUUGGGGUACUUCUGUAUAAAGGAAAAGCAACGAAUCAUCAAACAGAACCCAGUUAUUUUCAUAACAACCAUCUUCAUCCGACGUUACAUCCGAUUGGUUAUUCCGAUACUCGUAGUCGUAUGUUUCUCAAUGUUGAUGCCGCUUUGGGCGGAUUCGCCAAACGACAAACGGUCGCUGUUUGAGGUGUACGCUCGGCGGUGCCCACAAAAUUGGUGGUCGAUUCUAGCACUGAGCAGUAACUUCAUGGGCGCCGACGGAAUGUGCCUCGGCCAUAGCUGGUAUGUGUCUGUUGAUAUGCAAGUCUUCCUGGUAGCGUCCAUCGUCUGCAUAAUAAUCUUAUCCAAUCCCCGUGUGGGGUUGACAUUUACAGCAGUGCUAACACUCGCCAGCUGUCUCUGGAUAGCGAUUAAUACCUAUGUUUACGAAUACAGUCCCAUUAUCGGAUUCACCGGCAAAAACUUCUCGACUAUAAUAGAUACCUUCGACUACAUUUACGUCCAGCCUAUAACGCAUUCUGGUUGCUACUUCCUCGGAAUCAUGUGCGCCUACGUAUGUUUGCACGGAAAGCGCCUUCAAUGGUACACGCAAACCCUGUGUUGGGUGCUGGCUCACGGAUGCGCCUCCUAUGUCAUCUUCAUAACGGUUAACUGGUAUCGCUAUGGCCUACCCGGACCUCUCGAACAAUCAUUGUAUGCCGGCUUCCAUAGAAUAAUUUUUACAUUUGGACUAUUUUGGCUUAUAUAUGCCUGUCUACAUGGAAUGGCUCCUACCCUUCGCCGGAUACUUGAACACUCAGCGUUCCGUGCUUUGGGGCGACUGGCAUUUGGCCUCUACUUGGUACACUUUGCCGUAGUCUAUAUGCAGCAAGGUCUUAUGAAAUCUCAAGCCUUCCUUCCGAAUCAAUAUUUGCUCCUUCAACAAACUCUGGGUGUCCUCUCGAUAAGUUUUGGCCUAGCAUUUCUUAUGAACAUCACCGUAGAAUCACCUGUGGGACAUCUUGAUAAUUUUAUCUUCAACAGAUUUGUAGCCGAGAUGAUCAAUCAGCCCCAGACCCACAAAGAAGCCGAGAUGACUGGCCGCAAGACCGAGAUGGCUUUAGCUACCGAACAACACCAUGACCGUCGGCGGAAAACGUCGUUAAAAGAAUCAUGUGGGACUAACCUGGACAUGAUCAUCAUAGAGAAUGUAAAGAAUGGAAUCAACGCUAGCAUUUUAGAUACCAAACCGCCUGUCGAUUCAGCUGACGGCCAACCUGGAGCAAGUUUCAAAGCAGGUCGUCGAAGGGUCAGCAAAGGAAGCUCAACCCAAAAUCUUUCAGAGAAGACGAAACUGUAGUUCUCUUAAUACGCAACUUGUAAACCUUCGUCAAUAACCUUCAAUAUGUAAAUAUACCAAUGACAGAAACUUAUAUCCUCACGAUUUAUCUUUCCUAUGUGUCUGCUCUAACUGAACCUAUUCUGUAUUUACAUUGUACAUAAAAAUCUGAACGAGCCGGUUAUAAAGCUUUAGUAUAUAAACCGUAUAAAAUAAACAGCUAGAGUAUUUAUUACUGAAAAAUAA